AUGGCAGAUGGAUUCCUUGAAGUGUUCCAGUAUAGCCCCAGUGGACACUCCUCCUUUACACUGUUUGACUGCUCCAGUUUUGGACACUACAGGAACAAUACGAUGCAGUUUCUGACAAUUUGCUGGUUGUGGAAUACAAGAAAUGGAUGCCUGUAUGUCCAUGAGGCCAGUGCACAUGUGCCAGGCAGUACUUGUGGUACUGGAAGUUGGGUGUUGUGGUGCAUGUAUGAAAUGGAUGUCGUCUUCAAUCAGCAUGAUAUGAAUUUUUUUCUACAUAUAACAGCCAAAAGAUUAUGUUAAUUCCAGUGGUGUUUGAUCCAUGUUGGCGAUGUCGCUCAAAUUCCAAGGACCAAUCCCACUGUCUUGUUUACCAGCUAGAUCUUGCUUCGUCUUAAUUGCCAUUCCGCGAAUGUAUCUGUGAAACUGCUGGAUGUUUAUUUGCAGGGUUUCUGGGUGGCUCUGGGCAACACUGGUUCACCUUCAAAGAGAUAUAUCAAAACAGGCUUUAAAUCAAACAAGCCAAUGGUCAGACAUUUUAAAGUCCGCAUCAGGAUAUCUUUCUUUCAUUAUUUCCUUGCAUCUGCUCCUGAACCACAACUCUUUGACUUUGAUGUCUUUACUUCGUAAUUCCUUGAACUCAUUGUGGAGCUGCUUCUCCAUUUCCAGAUAAGAAGCCUGUGUUCCUGCACCUGGCCUUCUGGACUUUUUUGGGGUCAUUUCGCAGCUUUAGUUCUUGAGCAAUCCAAGGGUUGUAGGUGCUUGACUUCAGCUUAAUUUUAUAUUGUCCUUUGAACUUGCUGACUGCUUUGGCCUUGCUUUUGUACUUCUUAUACAAAUCAAUAAAUUCUAGCUUCUGUUCGCGAAACCAUUGUUUUCUGCUGUGAAACUGUUACUUCAACCGUUCAACUUGUUCUGUUUUUUGACUGAAGGUCUAACUGGCUUUAUUGGCUUCAGGGCUCUGUUUUGCUGGAAACAAGUGCAACCCCAGCGGCAGGCUAUCAGCCUCUUUGUCUAUUUCAGGCCUUCGUUGGCACAUCGACGAACUCCUACCAAUUUCAUAGGACCGUUUGAGCUGUUUCAGGUGCACACAAGGUACACACAGAUACUUUGCAUUUGAUACACUUGUACUUAGUGACCUGUUCACAAACUGAGCACGUUUCCUCCGUUACGGAAUUGUAGCGUGCGUAGCUGCGAGGUUUUUCUUGUAGAAUUCCUGCCCCAGACCAAAGGUUAGCUGUGUGACUUGUGACUCGACAUGUAACAAACAAUGAAACCUUGUGUACUUGUCAUGCAUGCGACGCAGCUGUAACAGUUGUACACCCGUAUCUAAAUACACCUCUGAACUUUAUAUACUUUUAUGGCCAUUGCAUUUAAGCAUUUCUGUACCAUCAAGUCACAGAUAAAAGGAGAUCAUGUAUAUAAAGCUGAACCACGGAUUAAUUCAAGUUGUGGUUGCUUUCACUGAGCCAGGAAAUGCUCACCUGGGGCGUGCCAUUAUUGUCAAGAUGAAAGAAAGUAGCACACAUCAUGCAGCAGAGCAAACAGCAGGGCAAGUUCCCAAUUCGCGGGCUGAAAUUCUUUAUCAGCCUGUAGUUGAUGCCAAAAUCACUAUCAAUUCUAAGAUCACUGAACAAUACUGGAGUGCUCCGGAAGGCACUUGGGUCCAAGGAGGAGGACUGGAGCUUCCUUGCUUGUAUGAAGUUUUCUUGAGAAGUAGUAGCCUUCCAGAUUUAAAAGCAUCAUUGAAAGAGUAA